UACAACUGAGGCGAAGCAAGAGGCAACUAACGAUUUUUACGUUCUUCAGGUCAGACCGUUGAGAGUAGAUCAGACUUCGUAACGUUAGAGUUUCUCGACAUCGUCUGUAAAAUCAAAAAACUAUCAUUGCGAGGACAUCCGCUAAUAUGUCAAAAAGGAACUCCGGGGCGGAUUACAGAAAAGGGUCAAGUGCCUACAGAGCAGCGGAUGGAAGAAAGGAUGAUUGGGAAAGAGAUCGCUCACCACUUGGAGACCAUCAUUCGGACCAGACCAGUUCAUACCAGACAGAUCACAAGAAGCAGAAACUCACCUUUGGCUUUGGCAAAAAACCCCCUGUCCCUGAACAAAAAAAAGGCAUACAAAUCAAGCUGGGAUCUAGUUCUAAACCAACUGUGAAGCCGACAGUGAUACAGAAGCCAACCGUAGCUUCGGUAUUCAAUGCAGACGAUGACGACGAGCCAGAAGAAAUGCCCGCGGAAGCACGAAUGAGGAUGCGAAAUAUCGGUCGAGAAACACCUACUUCGGCCGGGCCGAAUUCAUUUGGAAAAACCAAACAGGGCUUCUGUGACUCAAAGAAAAUAUUCGAGAAAACAUUAAAGAGAGCUAUGGAAGAAGCUAAUAAAUGAUUUAAUCCAUGAAUAAUACUUCUCGCGACUUUUGUUAAGUAUACAUUAAAUUAAUGAAUUAUAUAUAUAACAUUUACAUGCAAUACUGGUAUAAACUAUGGUAAUAGGAAAAUUCUACCACAAAUGAAUUCCAUCAUUUGAAAUUGCUCGAUUACCUCUGCAAAAAUCGGACACCGUUAAAUUACGCGUGUCAUCGGCGAUCGUUGAAUAUAAAAUUCUUAAUUAAUGUCAAGUACUUCGCCAAUCCAAAGCUAGACGGAAUGGUCAGUGUUCAAUCCUGUGUAUACAAGCUACGUGGUUCGAGUCGUUUUUCAUUAAAAAUUAUCAGUCUUGCCUUUUGUAGCAAUCAAUAAGAUUAUGAAAUUGGUCCUACAUCGAAUCGAUUAUUCAAAAACUCGCCUUGCUAAAAACUGUAACAACUGUGAGACGGCAGGCGAAUAGUCGGUGAUAGAUUUCUUGUGAUUUUUAUGAAAAAUAUUUAGUAGAAAGUUAACAAAGUGAUCUCCGAUUGCCCAUGUUGCAUCAUAAUCACUUGUGCUUGAAUUGAAUGUUGGUUUCUACAAGGAGCAAUAAGGUAACGAUAUCCCAACAUUUGCAUUAUGAAGCUCUAGGUGAAAGACGAAAGUUACAAAAUAAAUAAUUCAAAAAAUUA